AUGCUCGAACGGGCGGCGGCCGGCUGCCUCGAGAGCGCGGGACGGCGUUUUCUUCGAGAUUCCAGCGGCACUAUUCGAUCCAGAAGGAGUUUGUCUCGUCAUUUUUGGAAGCAUAAUGCCGCCAGAGGGGAUAUUGCGAGCUGUUUUGUCGCGUUGGUGCUGCCGCCCAGUCACCAACCGUCGACUUCAGCUUUCCUGUCUCUCGCUGAGAGCAAAGCUGCCAAAGACGGAGCCUCGCCGUUCCUCGACUUCCUCUAUCCGCAAAGAACCCAGGAAUUCGCAGUAUCGCGUCUCUCCCGCCAAUCCAAGCGACUGGUAUUGCGCCGGAGGAAGAGAACAAUGGUUGGCUUUUCGAGACCGUAUACAUCAAACGCUUCAUCCACUACCACAGAGAUCCUUAUCGAGGCCCCUCAUGCAACCGAAACGAGCCCACAGACGGUGGGAACGGAAGCAACCAGAUCUUCCAAGGGUUAUUUGAUAAAUUUGUUGGAAAAGCAGAAGGACGAGUUUGAUCGAGCCUGGGUGCUUUACAUCGCCGCUGGAAGACCAUCCGACUGUCGUUCUGCGCUAUGUGCCUAUCUCAGUCGAUCAAAAGAUAUUCUCGACAGGGAUCGGACUUGGGAGGCAUUUCAAGGAAUCCCUGAAGAGAUUCUUUCUGAAACCGACUUUUUGCGUGCCGCUGAAUCCCAGCUUGGGUCCCGAGACCCCUCAAAGCUGAUAUCCCUAUGCGAACAAGCCCUUGGACGGGGAUAUGGAUCGAAGUGUUGCACAUUAUCAUUCACGCGCUUUUGGAAAGCUCGUAAUUGGAAGCGCGCUCUGGAAAUUUGGCGCUUGGUGUCACAACACACAGAGCAGGCGUCUGACCUGGCAUACCGGAGAUUAUUUGGUGAACUUGAACAUGGACGACUUACUUGGGACGCUGUGGCAUUUGGAAAAUUCGUAAUGCGCGAACAGUGUCAUGAUGCUCGGUCUCUUGCCAAUUUCCUCCUUGACCACAUUUUCCGUUAUUCUUACAUGCUCCGAUCCGCCUCCACAGGUAUACUCGUGGAAAUGUUUCGGAUCUAUCACGACUUGGGCUUUUUGAAGCCUGAGCACUAUCUUAAAACGAUAAACACGUUUCAAGCGAGUGAGGCAAGGUCAAUCUUCAUCCGGACGAUUGUGUUUUACCGUAUAAUGCGUCGACAAAUGCCGGAGACGAGGCCCCCUCAGUCGUUCUUCAGUGCUCAAUUGAGAGCUUUUGCCUCAUUUGGGAUGACCUCUGGUGUACGAUUCUUCCUAGAAGAAAUGAUUGAAUUCUACGGAAAGCCACAUCUUCAACUCUACAAGGAUGCUAUGCAAUCCUUCGCAUAUGCAGGCGACGUGGAGAAGGUAAAUUUCUUCUUCAAUAAGCUCGUCCAAGACCACGGGCCUCCACGGAGCCGGAAAUUGUUGACUCCACUUCUCGAUGUCCAUGCACGAACCGGAAACGUUGAGGAGACCACGAAACAGUUCAAGAGGAUCUCUGAGGAAUUUCAUCUUCAGCCGAACACGGUGUGUUGGAACAUUCUCCUCAAGGCCUAUGCCAAUGAAGAGAACCUCGCUGGAGCCCUUUCGAUAUUUUCAAAAAUGCAGCAAGCUGGAGUCCCCCCCAGCCCACACACAUUCGGUACAUUAAUGGCUCUUUUUGCCAAACGGGGAGAUAUUGAGAACACUCGUCACUUGCUCAAAGAGGCGGAGAGUUAUGGUGUGGAGAUCACGAUGCCCAUGCUGGACAUGGUGGUUCAGGCGUACUGCGCCAACGGAUUGCUGCCCCAAGCAGAGCAAUUUGCUAUUGCUUGCCAGGAAAUCAAGGUCCAAGGUUCACCUUUAGGCAUGUGGAACACGCUUCUAUUUCACUAUGCAUUCAGAGUGGACUUUGUGGCUCUUAACCGAAUCUGGCAGCAUAUCAAGGCCGCCGGCACUCGUCCAGAUGCCGUCUCCUAUGCCAGCCAUAUGCUCGCUCAAGCUUUGGUUGGCAAAACGGAUCGAGCUCGAAAGACCCUGAGAGACCUCCACAAGAAGCGGGUCAUGCAAGCUACGGAUCUUCACUACGCGAUUAUUCUGUACGGAUAUUUGAAGAGCCGCAACAGAACCAUGGUACAAGUUAUCUUCAAGGAGAUCGAGGAGCGUUUUGGUCAACCUGGGGCCCGAUCCAGCCUCUUAGCGCUCAGAGGUCAGAUUGAGCACGAUUUGGCAACUCGGGAAGAAACUGCUUUGCCUGGUGCCGAAUUACGUUUGAAGAACGCUGAGCAAACCCUGUUGAACUCUCUUACGUCGAUUGACCGCCUGACAAAAAGCAUCAAGCUUUCAUCCUUGAAAGCCCAUCCUAGCGGCGCUUUCCAAGAUUCCUAUUACACCUACCGUAUCAAGAACUUUGGCUUGGAUGGUGCAAUUGAUGAGGCCCGACAGCUUUUCAAGGAGUACAUGGACACAAAAAAGACCAUUGGGUCUCGCGAAACAGGAUCUGAGUCUGCCCCGAUCCGCCUCAUUUCCGCUAUGAUGCUAGCGCAUUUGAGAGCUGAACAAUACCUGGAAAUGGAGGAGUGCUGGCAACUCGCUCUCACCAACACCGUUAAGAUAGCAAGCCGAGUUAACCUCGACGACCUUAUGAGUGUUGAGUCGUCAGCUGCGGUUGACAUUGAUGCCAUGGAGCCUUUGUCGGCAGGCGACCAGCCGCCGUCACCUUCAGGUCUCCGGUCCAACGGCCAGGGCGAGCCGGCCGAUUUACCCGUCGAUCGACUGCCUCAACCACACCAGGAACCUGAUAUAAUUCCAUCCCAACGCUUCGCCCUCUCGCGUCCCCUAUCCAUCUACAUGCGGGCUUUGGCUUAUCAGAACAAGACCGAGCAGAUCAUUGAAGUGGUUGCCAAAUUUGAGGAUGCUGGUUUCCGGAUGAGCACCUUCAAUUGGUCAACCUACGUUCAGAUGCUGGCAGCUUCUGAUCGCUUUAGCGACGUUGUAGAGGCUUUCCGAGCGUUUGAGCAUACGUUCAUGCCCAAUUUCCCCGACUGGAAGCGACUUCAAGUUGGGCAAGGACUCAAGCCGUUGGGUGUCCCGUUCACUAUCCAGCAGCUUGAAGAUCCCCGACACUUCCCUCCUCCCUCGGCGACCCUUGGCAAAGCUUCCAAAUUGUAUUGGAGCAACAUUGAGCCAGGUUUCAUGCAACCGACCUAUGUCUCCAUGGUGUACCUCGCUGCUGCGGUAGACCGCGCCCGAGAUCUCAGCAUUCUGAAGGGCGGUAAAGAACUUGAGCAGCUCCAUGCUACCGCUCCCAAGACGAUCGCGGAAAUCGGCAGGAUGCCUUACCUUCGUGACAAGUUCCAAGGUGUGCUUCUUCGCCAUCGCUCUCACCAAGCCGACAAAGACGGGCAGAAGCGACCCCGUCGGCAGACUGUGGCGGCAAGUGGUAUCCUGGGCGUUCGCCCUCGCAACCGCAACUUGGGGACCCCUGGCCGUUCUGGACGCGUUCAACCAGAGGAGGCACCAGUGCCCGCUACUGUGACGUUGUCUGCUGACCAAGAGGCCGAGAGAAUGCGCCAGGCUGUCUUUGAUUCCGACGUGCAGGAGGAUCUCUUCUCAGUGGAAGACCGGGCUGAUCUUGAAGAUGCUAUCCGAGGCCGUCACACUCGACACGUCUAUCUCAACAAGCUGAGGGCAAUCUCCAGGAAGACCAAGCAAGAGGUUGAACAUGACUCGUGUCCCACUGGUCAGAAACCAGAGGAGUUGGUGACAGGGACCGAGCAAGAUAAGCUUGAGGACGAGACUGCAUUUGAGCAGGCCAUUGAGGGUACUGGUACUCAGGACACAGAGCAGACGCCUGAACCCUUGGACGAGAAGACACAUUGA